UUUUCUUUUCGGCAUAUUUUUUUUCUAAAUCGCCGCUCGUGUCAUGUCAAAUGCGUCGGAAAUUAUGAUUGGUUAACGGUAAACCAUUAUGUGCUAAUGAUUGGGUAGCAGUAUUGUACACAAAGAAGCGCCUGUCUACCAUGAUCAAAUGCGACUAAAAUGAUGCCAGAGCAAGGUGCAUUUAGACAGGUGGAUGAAAAGCAUGUUGCUGUGGAAGUGGAAUUGAUGGUGUGGUCUCCAAAGUUUGAUCUUGUAGCACUGUCAAAUGUACAGGGAGAGGUUGUAUUGCAUAGAUUAUUGUGGCAGAAGGUAUGGUCCUUGCCAGCCCAAAGUGAGGAGAUUAAAGUGAAAGCUAUGUCAUGGAGACCAGAUGGGAAAGUUCUGGCUGUUGGCUACACAUCAGGACAGGUCAAUCUGUGCUACAUAGAAAAUGCUGAAGUUCUUCAUACAAUAGAGUUAGAAAAGGAGAUCACAUGUUUAUCAUGGGUGUGUCAGGUCCUCCCUGUAGGCGGGACUUGGUCAUGUGAACCAUAUUCAGACGAUAGCACGGAACUAUAUCUGCCAAAACUACAACCACUAACAAAAAGUUAUGGAAAUUUAUCUAAAGGGAAUAUUGAAGAAAAUGUAGAGGAUAAAAAGAAAUUAAAAGGACAGAAAGAGUUAAAUAUUUUAAUCAUUGGCAGUAAGUCACAUGAGCUACAAUUAUACAUAUAUGGUGUUUUUCCUAUUGCCAAGAUAUCAGUUGGGGACAUUUCAGGAUCAGAGAAAAUAGAGAUGGUGUCAGCCAUGUUAUCUGAGGAUUUGAACAGUUUAGCAGUUGUUUUACAGCAAGAGCAUGAGGAAGAUCUGGAGUAUACACUUCAUACUUUUGAUACAAGUUUACUGGCAUCACAUGAUAAAGAACUUCAUCUUCUAGCUUUGAAAUAUGGUCAGAUAGCAACAUUGAUUCAGUAUUUGCAAAUGACAAUUCAACAAAUGCAGGAGGCUUGGGAAGAUAUCCUUUUAGAGAUGGACUCAAAAUUGUACAAUUUUGCUGAAGAGAAACAGGCAGCUGGGGCUGGUACAGUUAGCAAUGACUUCCUAGAGUUACUAUUGUUUGGUACACCCAGUUCUGAACUCAAGACAUUCCUAUCUCAUGAACUUACAGAUAAGGGUUUAAAGAAAUUAGGUCAUUCAAUUGAGACGUCAUACUCCAAUAUACAGAAACUUGUCGUGAAACAUCUACAAACUGUAAGUCAAGCUAUAGUGUAUCAUCUAAGUGAACUAAAAGGUAUGUCUAAAUGUUAUGAGAAGUUUGGUGUUCUUGGUGUAGAUGACAAAAGUAUACACAAGGCUGAGAUGGCAGCAGGAUCAUUUGUGCUAAAAACUAGUGAACUUCAACAGGUUAUUGAUGGAAGUAUAAAGAAUUUUAAAGCUUUCUUCAGAUGGCUUUAUGUAGUUAUCUUAAGAUUAUCAGAUGAAAAACCACCUCCUGAGCUAAGUAAGAUGACCCAGCAUGAUGUUAAUUUUGUAGCAGAUUUCCUUACAGAUAAUUUCGCCCAGUUCACUCCAAGAGAAGAGGAAGAAUCUAUUGAAGAUUUGAGGGCUGUUUCACCUACAGAUAAGAAAUCUGGCUUUAAACUGGAGAAAGUUGGUCAGUAUUUAAAGAAGGAAAACCUUAGUUACCCUGCAGAUAUAUCUAAUAAUCCAUGGAUACAGUUCUGUAGAGCAAAUUACAGUCUCAAAGAUAGUAAGAUUUUAUACCCUGUUGAGACAAACAAAUCUUUGAUACAACUUCAGGAAACUCUGGAACAUGAUAUAUAUCACACACUUCAUAAACCUGCGGUGACAGUAGGACAGAGUCUGCAGUGUGUAUCAACAUUGCUUUUGUUCUCAGUUCAGGCAAAGGAAAAUGGAAAAAGUUUUGUUCCAAGAGUUGCUCAGUUCACUGCUGGUCAGCCAUCAAUGUUAUAUACAGCUUUUACAGCAGAAUAUUUACCUUGUGAUAAAUUAUAUAUUCUUACUCAACCUACAAACAGUUACAGUGUGUCAGAAAAUAUGAGAUUAACAUCUGUAAAGUUUUCAUCUUUGUCUAGACCAGAUCCAAACAGUAGUAGUGCCAGCGCUGAUUCUGUACAGUCCAGUAGUGGGAACCUUAGUGUGUUGGAUGUAGCAUGUUACGAUGAUAAACAACUAUCAGUGUUGCUGACAGAGGAGACAAUGGAUUAUGUUCCCGUCUUGAUGCAGUUUCCUCUAGAACUUCUCACUGAUGAAUAUUUUAUAUCAGUGUCAGGAAUUGCUGGAGUCAAUACUCGAUCAGACAUACCUGUUAUAGAAGUUACAGGACAGACAGACAGUUUACAAUAUCGCUGGCUACAGAAUAUGAAAGCUCAUUCAUUUGCUGUUAGUGGAACAAGACAUGCUGCAACUGUUUUAUUUUCAUCUCGACGAAGAGUUCGUAUUUUUCUCAUGGAUGCAGAUGAUGAUGAAGAUGAUGAGGAUGAAGUGGAUGGGGGUGACAUCACUUCUCAAAGUGAAAUCGACCAAUCAGCUGCCAGUAAUAAUGACAUAAGCCAAUCAGCUUGUAGCUCUCAGGACACUAGCCAAUCAGGAGUCAGUAUGCUUAUAGAAGAUAGUGUAAUGAGUGGAGAUGAUGGACAGGAGGAUAAAGAGAAUAGUAAUGGAUUAGUUGAUAGUAGUGAACAGUCUGGAUCAUUGUAGGGAUUCACAACAAAUAUGGUGAUAUCACACAACUGAAGAAUAUCUGUGUAAGAGUAGAUCAUUCUCUGUUUUCAUUCUUAAAAUGCAAAACAAUUAAUGGUCCCAUUCAUUAACUGGACAAGAACUUCAAACAGAUCUUUGACUGUGGCCAGUAUUGGGCUGCUAAUAUAAAUUAUAUGAUCCAACAGAAUAAAGGUCAAUAAGGUAUUAUUGACUUUUACAGAGGAUAUUAAGCAUAGACUGUUUAAAAAAGGAUGAAUGGAAAGUGGUGACAUUUUAAUGAAUCUCUAUAAUUAACGUUGUUGGUAGAAUAUCUGUUACCAUGAAUAAAAGCAUUUUGAAGUUGUU